CCUCUCUCAAACCACCACCAUCUCCAAUCCGUUUGUUUCCGCCAGUUACUCCGGUCCCUGCUGAGCAUCACAAUUAGCACAGACAGCAAGAAUAACACUUACAGCAUUUUUACAAUCGCUCGCAAUAUGUCCGUGAAGAAAGUCACUGCAACGAAAUCGGGUGCUAAGAAGACCACCAGGGCCUCUCCCAAUCACCCAUCUUGGGUCGAUAUGAUCAAGGAGUGCAUUGCUGCCAAUCCUGAGGACGCCCGCUCUGGCGUCUCCCGCCCCCAGAUCAAGAAAUUCGUCGAGGAGAAAUACAACGUCGUCAUUGACAACGCUCAACUGACUCAUUUGAGCAAGGCCAUCACCAGCGGUGCAGAGAAGGGGACUUUUGUCCUUCCCAAGGGACCUUCCGGUCGAGUGAAACUGCCUCCUAAGACCGCAAGGGCCGCUGACACCUCAGCCUCCAAGGAGAACAAGCCUACGAAGGCUGCACCCAAGGUGGCCACUAAGGCACGCCCCGUCAAGACUGCAACUACAAAGGCUACAACCGCAAAGGCCACCGCGGCCAAGAAGCCAGCUGUGAAAGCGAAGACAGCGCCAACAACUAAGGCCGCCACCGCUAAGAAACCUGCAGCUCAAACUGCUGCAAAGACUUCGGCGACGAAAUCUGCGGCUUCUACCAAGGCAAAGGCAGCUCCUGCAACAAAAAAGACGAUGGCAGGCAAGAAAUCUGCCCCUGUCAAGAAGACGACCUCCGCAUCUAAGCGUGGCGCCGCAAAGAAGGCCGUAACUGGAACAAGCGCAUCCGCUAAGGCCAAGGCUGCAGCCACCAAGAAACCCACCGCAAAGAAACCCGCAGUCAAGGCAGCGACUUCAACAACGAGCAGGAAGAAGGUGGUCAAGAAAUAAGUGAUCCUCCAGCCGCCAUCUUUGAUAUACUUGUCCCCCUGAUCUCAUGGUACACUAAGCUGUAGAACCUAGUCUAUGACUACUCUACCUCCUCCAUGCACUUUCCCUCGCCGGUCUGAUUGCACCUUUCUUAUUUCUCGUAUUUGAUUGUAUUGUAAUUUAUUGGGUCAUACUAGCCCUCGAGUAUCAAACCAUCAAUUCUCGUGUAUCCCAGGGGACUAGUUGUCGUGGUCAAUGUCUUGAUUCCAAGGUUACACAGCAGAGUAAGAUUCGAACAAGAGGGUCAUGAUAGAACUAGGGUGCGGCGUGGUUAGAACCUAAGCCAACCUACUUAUCUAAGAAUGCAUUCAAAUCCGUUCGGGGAUAACGUGUAUGCGCAUGAGCACCGCGCAUAUGCAAGACUCCGACUAUUA